AUGUCAGUCACCUCUCUCCACAUCUGCGAUGAAGACGUUAUAAACACCUUUGCACCCUCUGGAAAUCCACAUACGGCAACUCACGGCGAAAACCUGUAACGCAAUGCUUGGUUGCAAACCUCCUCGCAAACAUAGCAAGACGUUCACAGGCUGCUGGACGUGUCGUACAAGGAAGGUCAAAUGCGAUGAGACGAGGCCCGUCUGCACGCAAUGUAUGACCAAGAGACUCGACUGUGCGGGCUAUGGGGUCCGGCUCCACUGGCUGCCCCCAGAGCAAGGGAACAACACCAAGUCUUAUGGAGAUCCCCUAGAUUUGUCCCGCGGUCGAUCACAGAGGAGUCAAAUCCCCUUUGAAUCGUACCGACGCCCUCUGAAUGAGGACCAACUCGACCGUAUUCUAAGCACCAUCGACGACUUGGAACCAGGGCGGAAGAGCGAUUCCUCCGGCUUACCAGAGACCCUGGUCGUCCAUAAUUUUGGUGUCUUUGAUACCUCUUCUUCCCGUCGUGAUUCGUCCACUGAAGCUUUGCUGAGUCACACCACUUUCGAUCCCGAGUCACCCUCCAUCUGUGAGCCACUGCCCUCUACCGUCAAUCCAAGUCUUACCGACUCUGUCCUCCCUCCCGAGACCUUGGACAGCCUCAAUGCGUUGUUGUACCCCAGUGAGGAUGAUACAGCGCUUCAAGAUGCAUUUGACACUCUCCUGUUGCCAGAACUGUCCCCAGACUUUGCCGCCCGAAGAGGAGCACAGGAAACAUCUCAUAAACCCCCGGACAAUAAUUCAGAACAAAAAAAGGUAGCGCGCGUUACCCCCCGACACUACCGCUCGGAAGACGGCGGAACUAUAAUCUACAGUCCGUCUCCAGCAUACCUGUCUCCCAUGGAGCAGUUUUUGAUGCACCAUUAUAUGCAUCGUGUCGUGCGGCUCUUCUGCGUGAUAGACAACAUGAAGAGCCCCUGGCAAAAAAUCCAUCUUCCACGGGCCCUUCAAAGCAUUGGCCAGAUGAACGUGGACGGCUCGACGUCAAACAUCCAAGACGCUCUCCGAAAUGCAUUGUUGUCCAUCAGCGCCUUUAUCCUGUCGAAUGAUAACGGGUCACGUGGAUGCGAGGAGGAAGCUGCGCGAUGGGCAAACAAGGGUAUGUUAUUCCGAGGGAAAACCAUCCGACUCCUGAAAGACUCGGUGGAGCGCAGCUUUGGGCAUGAACCCCGGCCCAAGUAUAAGGAUUUCCUUGCCACCAUGCUAUCGAUGAUCUCGAUCAAUGUAAUGUCGGGGGACACAAGCACCUGCAGUGUUCACUUGGACGGCGCUUUUCACUUUAUUAAAAUGGCGCGAAAUUGGAAAGUAAAUUACUCACCCAAAGCGCGGUCCCUUCACCGAAUUUACGUCUACUUACGAACCAUAUACGAAAGCACGGCCACGAGGAGUCAAAAGGCAAUGCCCUGUCGGUCCACUUCCAUCCAGCUUGCCAUCCCAGAAUUAUCGCAAACAUAUUCCACCGACAUUAGUAGGGGCGCUUCAGACUCACCCAACUCGCAUCCGUCCCCAGAAUCCGACUCUCACAUGAGCACAUACGAAUGUAUAUAUGGUGUGCCACAUCAUUUACUAAUCCUAUUAAGUAAAACCACCGAGUUGAUAGACGCGGUAACGGAUGCCCGAGAAACAAGUGGAAUGACAAUGAUUCCGGAUGGGCUCGCCCGGGAAUGUGACCGGCUUGAAAGUGCCAUUAUGGACUGGCCCCUGGAGCUGGAACUCAAGAAGUGCCUCGGGGACGAGAUGAGUGCGAGCUCGGAAAUCAUUCGUAGAACUGCGCGUGCUUUCCAUCAUGCCCUAGUCAUAUACUUCGCGCAGCACAUACGGCUGGUGGGACAUCGCUAUCUGCACCAAUACAUUGAAUCCGUGCUCGACUGUAUCGAGGCCAUUGAGAAAAUCAAAGCCAAUACUGAUUGUUUGGCGGCACCGCUGUAUUGGCCUGCUUUCGUAGCUGCGAGUGAGGCAUUUGAUGAACACCUGCAGGAUCGGUUUAAAGCAUGGUAUGAGCAGGUCGAAAUGUACGGGAUUGCAGCCGUGCGAACUGGGAUCAAUAUCCUGACCCGAGUUUGGCAGAACGGCACGGGGGCAAGCAACCGAAUAACUAGUCAAUGGCGGAUAGAAGUCCAUCGUACGAACGCACACUUGAUGUUAAGUUAGGGGUAUGAUUUUGAGUGUAUAUCUUUUUAUAUCCCGCGUCACACUGUCCCUUUUAAUAUAAUCGGAGAGAAAAAAAAAAAAGCAUUUGUCUUGAAAUUCUCCCAUCACAUAACUAUGCCGCCGAGGAGGAAUCUUAAAUCCUAGGUAAUUGAAUCAAGUUGAGAGAGAG